CGCCUCCCGGCCCCCAUUCGCUGGGUCCGCCCGCCCAGCCCUGCCCAGACUGCGGGAGCGCCGCGCCCACAGCCCGCCGGGCAGCCCCGGACAGCGCCGGCAGCCCCGCAGGCAGCGGGCAGCACCGGACAGCGCCCGCAGGUUCCCCUCCCAGAGACAGCCCCCACCGGGCACCUCAGCAGCGAGAUGAACCCCACCGUGGGCAUCGCUGUCAUCCUGACAGUCCUGCAGGCCGCCCACUGCCAGAUGAUCAAGGACCUGAGUGCCUGCCUGCUGGGCCAGAACCUGCGCGUGGACUGUCGCUAUGAGAACAAAACCGACAACCCCCUGACCUACGAGUUCAGCAUCACCAAGGACAACAGGAAGCACGUCAUCCACAGCACCAUCAGCGUCUCCGAGAACAUCUACCGCAGCCGAGCCAACGUCACCAUGCACAAGAACCUGGUGUGCCUCCACCUGCAGAGCUUCACCACCAGCGAUGAGGGCAUCUACAUGUGCGAGCUGAAGGCCACCAACGACUACACCGGCAACCAGAUAAAGAACAUCACUGUUAUCAAAGACAAACUGGAGAAAUGCGCCGGCUUCAGCCUCUUGAUCCAGAACACCUCGUGGCUCCUGCUGCUGCUCCUUUCCCUGCCUCUCCUGCAAGCCGUGGACUUCGUGUCCCUGUGAAAGGCGAAACACACUCACACACACACACACACACACACACUCACAGCGCUCGCACACACACGUACGCACCCACCGAGCACCCCGGCCACCCCGCCUUCCUCGCAGCCCCUGGAAAGAGAAGCUGAAGCGUCUGGAAGCCGUGAAACCUCUCUGUGUUAUCUCUAUUUAGCCGUAUAUUAACGCUAACCACCAUCCCACGCACCCGCGCCCCGCUCCGAAGCAUGGUGGCUCUGCUAGGCAGCGUUGCUUCUCCCAUGGCGCCUCCCCGCUCCGCAGGCUGGCUGGUUUGCUUGUGCUGGCAGCACUGGAGGCCUCAGCCUCGCUUGUCCCAUCCCUUUAACUCUUGGGGUUUGCCCGUUCUCAGCUGGAUUGGCAGCUGAGCUGGAAGUGAGGCCUCCUCCAGACCCCAUCUGGUACCUUUGGGCUGCCCAAGCCAGAGCCACCACUCGCUCUCCCCGGGGACCAGCCCUUAGCUGUGACGAGAGAAUUGCUGCCAGCACCAGUGGAGGCAAGCAGAGCCUCUCUGAGCUAGCCACAGCCCCACUGCCCUCCCCAAGCCCUCAGAGAUGUGCCCAGGCUGGCUGGUGGGGAGGGGGUUCCCCUCUGGGAGUGUGACCCCAAAGUCUCUGCAGGGACUCCUCUGUACCGGCACUUUGUCUUCCUGAAGGGAACAUCUGGAGAUAUCCCCAGUCCUUCCUCAUGGAGAGGCAGAGCAGUCUUCCUCAAGUCCCACCCGUGUGGCCCUUCCCCUCUCCCUCCUCCCUUCCAGCAUUUCCCCGUCUCCCUUGAAGAGCAGCAAAGGAGCGAAGGGCACCCACAACCUCGGCAAGGCCAGGAUGGUGCCAGGGGGUGGCGAGAGCAGGGACAGGGAUGGCCAGCACAGCUCAGAUCUGCCAGCCCAGGGCUGCCCGGAUGCCCACGGGACCCCGAGGAGCCUCACCCAGGGGAGGGCACAGGGAAAGGAAGAGGCAGGCAGGAGCAUCCAGCUGUGCCACGCGUGCAGCCCGGGCUGAGAGCAAUACACAGCAGCUGCUCCCCACUCCUUGCUGCUCUCCAGAGCUGCUUCCUACCCCCGUGCCCGUCCCUGCCCAUCCCUGCCUGCUUGCUUGCUGUCUAGUGCUGCUGAGGCCGUGCCCAGCUGAGGCCUGGCUGUGCCCAGCUCCCUGGGCGUGCUGGUGAGCGCCGGGGCAGGCACAGAGCCCAGCGGCAGAGCGCGGACACGGCUCGAGUCUCAUUUUUUUGUGAACAUUUGUAGUUAUUUCCACAGCUUGUCGUCAAAGAAAUUCUGUUAAGGGAAAAGGAAAAAAAAAAAAGGAAAAAAAAGAACCCUAUGAAAAGCAACAAGAAAAAAAAAGACCACCUUACCAUCCAGGAGUGUUCCUCUGUCUGCACAAUAAAACCCUACCUAGGUUCUGUGUUGGA